UCGAUCCAACCACCACCUGAAAUUUUUUUUCUCUUCUAAAGAUAUUUCCGUUCUCCUCCUUUUUCUGUAUUUCUUCAGCAUAGGUUCCUUUUCCUUUUCUGCAUUCCCACAUAUACCCUCCACACAAUGUUCAAGCAAAUCACCAAGUCUGUCCCAAUUGCUCCAAGAUUCGCCAGAACCUACAUCGCUGGUCAAUUCACUGGUGCCAAAGGUCCAAACGGUAAAUACACUGUUACUUUAAUUGAAGGUGAUGGUAUUGGUCCAGAAAUCUCCCAAUCCGUCAAAGACAUCUAUGCUGCUGCCAAUGUUCCAAUUGAAUGGGAACCAGUUGAUGUCACUCCAUUAUUGAUUGAUGGUAAGACUACUUUACCUCAACCAGCUGUUGACUCCGUCAACAAGAACUUGGUUGCCUUGAAGGGUCCAUUGGCUACCCCAGUUGGUAAGGGUCACACUUCCAUGAACUUGACUUUAAGAAGAACUUUCAACUUGUUCGCCAAUGUCCGUCCAUGUAAAUCUAUUGUUGGUUACGACACUCCAUACGAAAACGUUGAUACCGUUUUAAUUAGAGAAAACACCGAAGGUGAAUAUUCUGGUAUUGAACACACCAUUGUUCCAGGUGUUGUCCAAUCCAUCAAGUUGAUCACCAAGCCAGCUUCUGAAAAGGUUAUCAGAUACGCUUUUGAAUACGCCAAAUCUAUCAACAAGCCACACGUUCUUGUUGUCCACAAGGCUUCCAUCAUGAAGUUGUCCGAUGGUUUAUUCGUCAACACCGCCAAGGAAGUUGCUAAGGAAUACCCAGAUGUUACCUUGGAUUUCGAAUUGUUAGAUAACACUUCCUUGAAGUUAACCUCUGACCCAUCUGAAUAUAAGAACGUCGUCAUGGUUAUGCCAAACUUGUACGGUGAUAUCAUGUCUGAUUUAUCUUCUGGUUUAAUCGGUGGUUUAGGUUUAACCCCAUCCGGUAACAUGGGUAACAAGGUUUCUAUUUUCGAAGCCGUCCAUGGUUCUGCCCCAGAUAUCGCCGGUAAAGGUUUAGCUAACCCAACCGCUUUAUUGUUAUCUUCUUGUAUGAUGUUGAGACACAUGUCUUUGAACGCUGAUGCCGACAAGAUUGAAAACGCUGUCUUAAAGACCAUUGCUUCUGGUCCAGAAAACAGAACUGGUGACUUGAAGGGUACUGCUUCCACCUCUCACUUUACUGAACAAGUUAUUAACAACUUGUAAGUAGAAGAAUUUUAUAUACAUAUAUAAUUUUGAUGAUGUCAAUAAAUACACUUGAGAUUUAACCUGAUAUGUAUAUUGAAAACGUACUUGCCAAGCAAUGUGCAACGUCUCUACGAAUUUACAGUAAAAUGCUUGAUCUGAAAUUCCGGCCAUAUCUAAUUCUUAACUUUCAACUUAUCCAAAGCUUCACUAGCUUCAUCAACACUCAACUCAUCCAAGAUAAUAUUUGUUCCUUCUACGAUUGCAACAUGUUCAACCUUGUGGACUCUGUCUUCAUACUCUUCCAAAGUUUCUUCCUUCUUCAAGUCAAUUUCCUUGACCAAAAUAGGUUCACCUCUAUCAACUUCAGCAAUAACUCUAUGAAUCAUAACUCCACCUUUAGUAAUUUCGCCAUCUUGACCAGCUUUCCAACAUCUAUCAAUGGCAUGAGUACCUUCAAAUGCACCAGGUAAUGCUGGAUGUAAGUUGAUAAUAGUUAUACCUGCUUUGGCCAAAGGUUCCAAAACAAUAGGAGAUAAAAUUAACAUCCAUCCAGCACAUACGAUAAGAUUUGGUUUUAUAUAGUCAUCUUCCUUUUCACCUUUAAUAUUACCAUAGAUUAACAAGUUGGCCAAAUCAGAAUUGAAAAGUUCUCUUUUGGCUUUACGUUCGUCUUUUUGUUCUUUAGUAGUUCCCUUGUAAUAUUCUUUCAAAAUAUGAGUCUUGGUAGGAAUUGAUGCCCUUUCAGCCCGAGUUAAACCAAACGCAGUAUCACUAGAUGAUAUAACUUGUGUUAUCUUACCUUUCAACUUGCCAUUCUUUUCAGCAUCGAUGAGUGCUUGCAAAUUGGUACCUGACCCGGAUAUCAAAACCGUUAUAUUCAAUGUCAUUGUUUUGUACUAGUUCUAGAAUCAAUUGGAUGUAUCACUG